UAUCGACGUAUUAAAAUCCCUAAAACUACUAGAAUCACAGAAUCAUAGAAUCAUAAGUCUUAACUUUGAUUUUUUGGCGCAAUUUUCUUGUGGAAGUAUUCCAUAAUGUCCUUACUUGUGAGCAAUUCAAGUGUCUCAUCAUCAUCAUCAUCAUCAUCACCCUUUUUGUCUCAAGACAAAACCCAUAGGCUGCAUUCACGUGAUCUUGUUAGGAGUAUAGUCAAGAUCAAUGGAGCUUCUUGUGUUAACAGAAAGAAUACAGUUGUAUCACUAGCAUCUUAUGAAAAUGGAGGAAAAAAGAGUUCCCAAAAUACCCCUGAGAAGUUAGAACCUUUGUGGGAUGAUGGUUAUGGAACACAAACCAUGAAAGAUUACACUAAAAUAGCCAUUGAUCUGAGUCGUUUAACUAGUAAUGAUGGUGGGCCACCUAGGUGGUUUUGCCCUGUUGCCUGUAACAGACCUCUAAAAGAUUCUCCUGUUCUUAUGUAUUUGCCUGGGUUGGAAGGAACUGGAACUGGCCUUGUUGUACAUGAGAAAGCUCUUGGAAAGGUUUUCCAUGUUCAAUGCUUGCAUAUUCCUUCUCAUGAUCGAACACCAUUUGAAGGGUUGAUUAAAAUUGUGGAAGAAAGUGUAAAGAUUGAACAAAAUUUGUUCCCAAAUAAACCGAUUUAUUUGCUUGGAGAAUCUUUUGGAGCAAUAUUAGCACUUGCAGUUGCUUCUCGUAACCCUACAAUUGACUUAAUACUCAUUCUAGCAAACUCAGCAACUUCUUAUGAGAGAUCAUCACUGCAUCCAUUAGUAGGGUUCAUGAAGACUCUUCCUGUUGAACAUUAUGGCUCAUUUCCUUAUCUCACAAGCUUCCUUUUAGGUGAUUUUGUAAAGAUGGCAAUGGUUAACACUAAUGGUCCAAACCAUUUGCCUUCUUUUGGGCAAUUGAUUGGCAAUCUUACUGAAGAUAUCCCACUUCUUUCUGCAAUGACCACAAUAAUUCCAAGAGAUACUCUUGAUUGGAGGAUUAAGCUUCUUGAAUCAGCUGCUGGAUAUGCUAACUCUCGUCUUCAUACUAUUAAAGCUCAAGUUCUAAUUCUUGCCAGUGGAAAAGAUAACCUCUUACCAAGUAAAGAUGAGGCCCAAAGGCUUUCAAGAUUAUUGCCACACUGUGAUAUACGUGUGUUUGAGGAAAAUGGGCACACAAUAUUAAUGGAAAAUGGUGUUAAUGUGUUAUCGGCUAUAAAAGCUACUCAAUUGUAUCGACAUUCUUCAAAGUUUGAUAUUUUUAGAGACUUUUUGCCUCCAAGUAUGACAGAGUUCAAAACCUUACCAAUGGAAGCUUGGUGGUAUAGGCUUUACAUGGGUGCAUCAAUGUUUUCAACAAUGGAAGAUGGAAAGAUAGUGAGAGGUCUUUCAGGGGUUCCAGAUGAAGGACCCGUAUUAAUAGUUGGAAAUCACUUGUUAUGGGGAGUUGAUGUUUUUUCUAUUGUUUUAGAGUUUUUAAGAGAAAAGAAAACCAUGAUCCAUGGUUUAGCCCACCCUCAGAUUUUUGAAUUUGAUAAAAAAUAUGAAUAUCUCAUGAUUCCAUAUUCGGAUAUUAUGAAACUAUUUGGUGCAAUUCCGGUUUCUGGAAGAAACUUCUUCAAAUUAUUAGCAAGAAAUUCGUAUACAUUACUUUAUCCUGGUGGUGCUAGAGAGGCUCUCCAUCGUAAGGGUGAAGGCUGCAAAUUGUUUUGGCCUGAUAAACAAGAAUUUGUAAGAAUGGCAGUGAAAUUUGGAGCCACCAUUGUUCCAUUUGGAGUUGUUGGAGAAGAUGACAUGUCAGAACUACUCAUUGAUUACAAUGAAAUGAAAAAGAUCCCUUUCCUUGAUCAAAUGGUGAAUGAAUUCAAUCAAGGGAGAACAAACUUGAGGGCGGGGAUGGGAGGAGAGAUUGCGAAACAACCGCUUCAUUUUCCUAUAUUUUUACCAAAGCUACCAGAUAAAAUGUGA